GUAUGUUUUGCACCUCUAGUUCUUCAUACGCACAUUUAGGUUUAUUUUGAUGUAAUUAAUUUAGGUUACCUUUCUGCGGUACAUACAUAUGUAUAAUGGACGAUGAUAUUUCGCUCCCCGCCGACACGUUGGCUAUUCUUAACGAGUUUCUGUCGGAACGUACCAAACGCGAAGCUGAGGAGGAGAAUCAAAUUAUCAACAAGACCGGCAAGGAUGCGCAAUUCGAGGAGGAUUGGCAACUGAGUCAGUUUUGGUACAGUACGGAAACUAAGCACACUUUACGGGAUGUUGUGGGUAAGCUACUUGCGGAGCGAAAGGCAGACUCAGGUGCCUUUCACAUAGCUUUACUCUCCUGUCCGUCGCUUUACAAGGAUAUAAGAAACAUCCAUGACAACGUCCACAUCUUUGAGUACGACCAGAGAUUUGAGGCCUAUGGCACGGACUUUGUGUUCUACGACUUUAACUGUGUAGGCAACAAUCCGGACUACCUCAAAGAACACCACCGUCAGUAUGACCUUAUCCUGGCCGAUCCGCCCUUCCUCUCUCAGGAGUGCAUUGCCAAAACUUGUGAAAUAAUCAACAGACUGCAACGGCACCCAUCGGAGUGCAAGCUAAUCUUGUGCUCCGGCGAGGUAGUAGAGCCCUGGCUGAGUUCCCGCCUGCCCGUUUUUAAGUGCGGGUUCCGACCUGAACACGAACGCAACCUGGGCAACGAGUUCGUAAGCUACGCAAACUUCAAUUUAGACGAAUAUAUUGAAAAUAAAUAAACAAUUGCAUUGAGGGAUAAA